AGUGCGCACGGUGGCAGCGACGGCGACAGCAGGUGGGUCAUAGCGGGUCUGGAGGGACCGCUGCUGCGGGAACGUAAAUGCAAGAGAAGGCUUGGGCGUCUAGGGGCACAGGGACAUGGCGGAGGCAGCUAGCCUCAGCAGCUGUGGCUGCGGAGCAUAUGGCGAGGGGAGGUGCACCACAGCUUUCACAUCCGGGAAUCGGGAAUCGGGGCCCUUGCAGCUCUGGCCUCCUGGCUUCAGGUCCGCUGCAGGUCUGCUUCUCUCUGCCAGUUCCACUGCCCUGAAAGCUGACAGGAAGGACUUCCAUGCGUUCUAUCCCUCUGCCCACAGUCCCUGACACGCGUCCCAUUCAAGCCUUCUAAAUAGGUUCCAGAAACUGGUUCAGUACUCCGUCUGCCAUGGCCCGGGGACUGCCCAGUACUGCCUGUUUGGCACGCUUCUGCCAGAAACUGAACCGUCUGAAGCCACUGGAAGAGUCUAGCAUGGAGACAUCACUGCGGCGCUGCCUGUCCACACUGGACUUGACUCUACUGGGUGUGGGUGGCAUGGUGGGAUCUGGGCUCUAUGUGCUCACAGGCACAGUGGCCAAGGACAUGGCUGGCCCCGCUGUGCUCUUGUCCUUUUUGGUGGCCGCUGUAGCCUCCCUGCUGGCGGCCCUAUGCUAUGCAGAGUUUGGAGCCCGUGUGCCCCGUACUGGCUCAGCAUACCUAUUCACGUACGUGUCCAUGGGGGAGAUAUGGGCAUUCCUCAUAGGCUGGAAUGUGCUUCUAGAAUACCUCAUUGGAGGUGCCGCUGUAGCCCGUGCCUGGAGUGGCUAUUUGGAUGCCAUCUUUAACCACAGCAUUCGCAACUUCACGGAGUCUCACCUGGGCGUCUGGCAGGUGCCCUUCCUAGCUCACUAUCCAGAUUUUCUGGCCGCUGGCAUUUUACUCGUGGCUUCUGCCUUUGUCUCCUGCGGAGCCCGAGUCUCCUCCUGGCUUAAUCACACGUUCUCAGCCAUCAGUCUGAUUGUGAUCCUCUUCAUCAUUGUCCUGGGUUUCAUCCUGGCCCGUCCUCACAACUGGAGUGCAGAAGAAGGUGGUUUCGCACCCUUCGGCUUCUCUGGCAUCCUGGCUGGCACAGCCACCUGUUUCUAUGCCUUCGUGGGAUUUGAUGUUAUUGCUGCCUCCAGUGAGGAGGCCAAAAACCCACGGUGGGCGGUGCCCAUGGCCAUCGCCAUCUCCCUCAGCCUGGCAGCUGGUGCCUAUAUUCUGGUCUCCACUGUGUUAACCCUCAUGGUACCUUGGCACAGCCUAGACCCUGACUCGGCGCUUGCUGAUGCUUUCUACAGGCGGGGUUACAGCUGGGCUGGCUUCAUUGUGGCAGUUGGCUCUAUCUGUGCCAUGAACACCGUCCUGCUCAGCAACCUCUUCUCCCUGCCGCGCAUUGUCUACGCCAUGGCUGCCGAUGGGCUCUUCUUCCAGGUGUUUGCCCGUGUACACCCCCGGACACAGGUGCCUGUGGUAGGAAUCCUGGUGUUUGGGGUCCUCAUGGCCCUCCUGGCACUGCUGCUGGACCUUGAGGCACUGGUCCAGUUCCUAUCCAUCGGCACCCUGCUGGCCUAUACCUUUGUAGCCACCAGCAUCAUUGUGCUGCGUUUCCAAAAAGCUUCUCCACCCAGCUCCCCUUGCCUAGCCAGCCCUGGCCCCACAGCUAAGAAAUAUGACUCCUUUUCGGACCAUAUACAGCUAGUGGGUGCUGAGCAGACCUCAAUGUCUGAGCCUGGGCAGCUGCGGCCAGCCCUGAAGCCCUUCCUGGGCUUCCUGGAUGGAUGCAGCCCUGGAACCGCCGUGGCCUGGGCGCUUGGCAUCUUGGUAGCCUCGGCUAUCUCUCUGGCGUGUGUGCUGGUCUUCGGGAACUCAGACCUGCACCUCCCACAGUGGGGCUAUGUCUUGCUGCUGGUCAUCAGUGGUGCUGUCUUUCUGUCCAGCCUCCUGGUCCUGGGGGCUCAUCAGCAGCAAAAGAAGCAAGACACUUUCCAGAUCCCUUUGGUGCCCCUGACUCCAGCCCUGAGCAUCCUUCUCAACACUUGCCUCAUGCUGAAGCUGAGCUACCUGACCUGGCUACGCUUUAUCUUCUGGCUGCUGGUCGGACUUGUCGUGUAUUUUGGCUAUGGCAUCUGGCACAGCAAGGAGAACCAGAGGGAGCCAUUGGAGCUGACUACAGCACACUACGUGGUAUUCCCCAGCGGUAGCCUGGAGGAAACUGUGCAAGCUGUGCAGCCCUCUAGUCAAUCACCAGUCCGGGAGUCAGGUUGUACUGAGUAGCUGGCCACGGAGGCUUGCUCAUGGAGGUCUCCAUCCCCAACAUCCAGAGGCCAGAAGAAUUGGCAGCUGCCUACUUAAGGAAGCUUGGGUUUGAAGCCUGCCCAGACUGGGCUGGGAGUGUUCUCAGAGUCUCAACACAGGAACGGAGUCUUCGGCUAUCAUGGACUAGGCUGAGGCUAGUGCUGGUGUGGACUCGUUGCCCACUGUCUUCCUGUUUAUGAUUAACUCUGGAUACCUGGGCAGGUGGGGCAGAGUGGGCAGGGAAGUGGCUUCAGCCCCUGAGACCCAGAAUAAUAACUAAUCAGCUAGUGUUGUGACCAGCUGUCAUGUACACUGUGGUAUUCUUCAUAGCUCUGAGUUCUCACCUGCCUGGAGAACCAAGCAGUUGUUCCUAGUCCACAGCAGAGACACAGAAGGCCUGUCAAAGACUUUCUGAGGAGGAAAGUUCCAUGCAUGAUGUGAAGAGGGUUAUAUGACAAGACAGGAACAGAUUUCUGACAUGUUCUCAGCAGCGUGUGCAUGUGCAUGCGUGUGUGCACACAUGUAUGUUCAUAUGUGAGUGUGUGAGUACGUGUGUGGUGUGCGCACACGCAUAUGCACAUGUGGUACUUGAGGUGGGAGCCAGGGCCUUGAGAUUGUUAGACAAGCAUUCCACUACUGACAUAUACACCCCCCUCCCCCAGAUCCCUGACAUGUUCUCUAGCAGGGAAUAUCUAUCACAAUCUGGAUUUAAAAUGGGUAACUCAAAAAGACAUUGGAUGUCAGGAUCUUUUGAUUUUCCUGGGCUUCCAGGAAACAUGUGCCCAAGGUCUGCUUAGGGCCACUGAAAUGCACUGAACAAGCAAUGCCCCCAAGACACUCUCCCCAGCACAUUCUUGCACGCUCAGGGCAGCCACCCUUGCAGUACACACUAUGUACAGAGUGAAUUGACUGAUGUUUCCAAAUUCAGGCUCCUGGCCACAGCUCUUAUUGCCUCCGUAUCCCCUGGAAAUGUUUUCAGAUGGAUCCCUUGGGUUCUCUGCUACCUAGUAAUCUCCAGGGCAACAGUGUCCCUGGAAGGUGGGCUUGGAUUAGUGCAUGAGUGAUACACUUGGGUAUGCACAGGUACUUGGACUUGCAGCCACUACUUCUAGCCUACGGCUACAGUUCAGAGAAGGAGAAAGCCCUAGGUCUACUCUGAACCUCCUGCUGGGGUUCCCAUGGCUGGACCAUCUCCCUUUCCUUGUUUCUCCCUUUAAGGACUACACAGGACUACUACU